CUUGCGCGCCGGCCGGAUUCCUGCUGCGGCCGCGCGUCCUCCUCCUCCCAAGCAGGGAGCGGGCGCAUGAUGGCGGCCGCGGCUGCAGCGGCUGCGGGGAGCGCCAGCAGCGGCGGCGGCGGCGGCGGCAGCAGCAGCGACACGUCCAGCACCGGCGAGGAGGAGAGGAUGCGGCGCCUCUUCCAGACUUGCGACGGCGACGGGGACGGAUACAUCAGCAGAAAUGACUUGCUAAUGGUCUGUCGCCAGUUGAAUAUGGAAGAGUCUGUGGCUGAGAUCAUGAACCAAUUGGGAGCAGACGAAAAUGGGAAGAUUUCCUUUCAGGAUUUCACAAGAUGCCGCAUGCAGCUUGUUCGAGAAAUUAGGAAGGAGGAAGUAGAUCUUUCUGCAAAGUCAGACAACUCCUGUACAAAGAAGCUGAGGGAUAGAAUUGCUUCCUGGCCCACGAGCAGUGACAACAGUUUGGGUGCCUUAUCAGCAGCCAGGGAGAGCUGGGAAUACGACUCUGGUGCCAGGGACCUCCAGAGCCCGGAUGUGCAGAGCCAGUCAGCCCCCCAGAAGCUGCUCGAGUAUGGCGGAAGCUCUUUGCAUCAGCAGGCUGCUCUCCACAAACUGCUCACGCAGUCCCCGCACAUUGGCAACUCUGUAGGAGGAAGCUAUCUAGAGCUGGCCAACACGCUCCAUUCGGCAGCCCUGGCAUCACUAAAGGGAGAUAUAGUGGAACUUAAUAAGCGUCUCCAGCAAACAGAGAGGGAACGGGACCUUUUGGAAAAGAAAUUGGCCAAGGCACAGUGCGAGCAGUCCCACCUCAUGAGAGAGCAUGAGGAUGUCCAGGAGCGAACGACGCUUCGCUAUGAGGAACGCAUCACAGAGCUCCACAGCGUCAUUGCGGAGCUCAACAAGAAGAUAGACCGUCUGCAAGGCACCACCAUCAGGGAGGAAGAUGAGUACUCAGAACUGCGAUCAGAACUCAGCCAGAGCCAACACGAGGUCAACGAGGACUCUCGAAGCGUGGACCAAGACCAGACCUCUGUCUCUAUCCCCGAAAACCAGUCUACCAUGGUCACUGCUGACAUGGACAACUGCAGUGACCUGAACUCAGAACUGCAGAGGGUGCUGACAGGGCUGGAGAAUGUCGUCUGCGGCAGGAAGAAGAGCAGCUGCAGCCUCUCCGUGGCCGAGGUGGACAGGCACAUUGAGCAGCUCACCACGGCCAGCGAGCACUGUGACCUGGCUAUUAAGACAGUCGAGGAGAUUGAGGGGGUGCUUGGCCGGGACCUGUAUCCCAACCUGGCUGAAGAGAGGUCUCGGUGGGAGAAGGAGCUGGCUGGGCUGAGGGAAGAGAAUGAGAGCCUGACUGCCAUGCUGUGCAGCAAAGAGGAAGAACUGAACCGGACUAAGGCCACCAUGAAUGCCAUCCGGGAAGAGCGGGACCGGCUCCGGAGGAGGGUCAGAGAGCUUCAAACUCGACUACAGAGCGUGCAGGCCACAGGUCCCUCCAGCCCUGGCCGCCUCACUUCCACCAACCGCCCAAUUAACCCCAGCACUGGGGAGCUGAGCACAAGCAGCAGCAGCAAUGACAUUCCCAUCGCCAAGAUUGCUGAGAGGGUGAAGCUAUCAAAGACAAGGUCCGAAUCAUCAUCAUCUGAUCGGCCAGUCCUGGGCUCAGAAAUCAGUAGCAUAGGGGUAUCCAGCAGUGUGGCUGAACACCUGGCCCACUCACUUCAGGACUGCUCCAAUAUCCAAGAGAUUUUCCAGACACUCUACUCACACGGAUCUGCCAUCUCAGAAAGCAAGAUUAGAGAGUUUGAGGUGGAAACAGAACGGCUGAAUAGCCGGAUCGAGCACCUCAAAUCCCAAAAUGACCUCCUGACCAUAACCCUGGAGGAAUGUAAAAGCAAUGCCGAGAGGAUGAGCAUGCUGGUGGGAAAAUACGAAUCCAAUGCCACAGCGCUGAGGCUGGCCUUGCAGUACAGCGAGCAGUGCAUCGAAGCCUACGAACUCCUCCUGGCGCUGGCGGAGAGUGAGCAGAGCCUCAUCCUGGGGCAGUUCCGAGCAGCGGGCGUGGGGUCCUCCCCUGGAGACCAGUCGGGGGAUGAAAACAUCACUCAGAUGCUCAAGCGAGCUCAUGACUGCCGGAAGACAGCUGAGAACGCUGCCAAGGUCCUGCUCAUGAAGCUGGAUGGCAGCUGUGGGGGAGCCUUUGCCGUGGCCGGCUGCAGCGUGCAGCCCUGGGAGAGCCUUUCCUCCAACAGCCACACCAGCACAACCAGCUCCACAGCCAGUAGUUGCGACACCGAGUUCACUAAAGAAGACGAGCAGAGGCUGAAGGAUUAUAUCCAGCAGCUCAAGAAUGACAGGGCUGCGGUCAAGCUGACCAUGCUGGAGCUGGAAAGCAUCCACAUUGAUCCUCUCAGCUAUGACGUCAAGCCCCGGGGAGACAGCCAGAGGCUGGAUCUGGAAAACGCAGUGCUGAUGCAGGAGCUCAUGGCCAUGAAGGAGGAGAUGGCCGAGCUGAAGGCCCAGCUCUACCUACUGGAGAAAGAGAAGAAGGCCCUGGAGCUGAAGCUGAGCACGCGGGAGGCCCAGGAGCAGGCCUACCUGGUGCACAUUGAGCACCUGAAGUCCGAGGUGGAGGAGCAGAAGGAGCAGCGGAUGCGAUCCCUCAGCUCCACCAGCAGCGGCGGCAAAGACAAACCUGGCAAGGAGUGUGCUGAUGCUGCCUCCCCAGCUCUGUCCCUAGCUGAACUCAGGACAACGUGCAGCGAGAAUGAGCUGGCUGCGGAGUUCACCAACGCCAUUCGUCGAGAAAAGAAGUUGAAGGCCAGAGUUCAAGAGCUGGUGAGUGCCUUGGAGAGACUCACCAAGAGCAGUGAAAUCCGACAUCAGCAAUCCGCAGAGUUCGUGAAUGAUCUAAAGCGGGCCAACAGCAACCUGGUGGCUGCCUAUGAGAAAGCAAAGAAAAAGCAUCAAAACAAACUGAAGAAGUUAGAGUCGCAGAUGAUGGCCAUGGUGGAGAGACAUGAGACCCAAGUGAGGAUGCUCAAGCAAAGAAUAGCUCUGCUGGAGGAGGAGAACUCCAGGCCACACACCAAUGAAACUUCGCUUUAAUCAGCACUCACGCACCAGAGUUCUGCCCACGGGAAGUAAACUGCAGCAGACCACUGAGGACAGAAGGGCCCAUGUACUUGUUGGGAGGAGGAGGAAAGGGAAGGCCGGCAGGUAGGUCAGCACUUGUACAGUGGAGUGCCCCAACUCAGCCCUUGGGGUGAUUGGCCAUGGUGACACUGUGGACUGUAUCCAGAGGUGCCCGCUCUUCUCUCCUGGGCCCACAACAGCCUGUAAACACAUGUUCUGUGCUUUCUCAGCAGAGCCUCGUUUCUGCUUUCAGCACUCACUCUCUCCCUCCUCUUCUGGUCUGGUGGCUGUGUAUCAGUGGGAUCCCAGGCAUUUGUUUCUGUAAGAUUUUCCAUUGUAUCCUCUUUUUGGUAGAUGGUGGGCUCAUCUUCUAGGAUCUCGUUUCUCCUGUUUCCUCCUGCUUCAUGGGAAAACAGACCUGUGUGUGCCUCCAGCAUUUAAAAGGACUGCUGAUUUGUUUACUACAGCAAGGCUUUGGUUUCCAAGUCCCGGGUCUCAACUUUAAGAUAGAGGCGGCCCUAAGAGGUGAUCUCUGGGAGUUAUAAGUCAUGGGAAGAGCGUAGACAGGUGUUACUUAUAGUCCCAAAUACACUAAAGUUGCAAACAGACCACCACCAGGACUGUGCCUGAAUAAUUUUGUAUUGAGAAAAUAAAAACUUCCUUCAACCUUCAUUUUGGAGGCAGGGCUGAGAAGGGAGCGCUCUCUUGAUUCUGGGAUUUCUCCCUCUCAGUGGAGCCUUAUUAAUAUCCAAGACUUAGAGGUGAGAAUCUUUUUGAUGCCUGUAGUGGAACUAAAAUUUUGUCAGGGGUUUCUUCAAGAGCUGAGAAACAUUAUUAGCACUUCCCGCCCCAGGGCACUACAUAAUUGCUGUUCUGCUGAAUCAAAUCUCUUCCACAUGGGUACAUUUGUAGCUCUGGACCUGUCUUUACCUAAGGACAAGACACUGAGGAGAUACUGAACAUUUUGCAAAACUUAUCACGCCUACUUAAGAGUGCUGUGUAACCCCCAGUUCAAGCCUUAGCUCCUGUUGUCAUGACGGGGACAGGGUGAGGGAAUGGUAGUUAAGGCUGCUUUUUUGCCCCCAGAUAUAUGGUGAUGGUUGACAUAUGGUGCUUAGAAGGUUAAAUUUCAAGCAAAAUGCUCACAGGGCUAGGCAGAACCAAAGUAACUGAAUUAUUCCAGGAAGGUCUUCCAUCUUAAAACAAAUUCAUUAUUCUUUUUCAGUUUUACCCCUUCUCUCAGUUCUACCCCUUCUCUCAGUUCUACACUGAUACACUUGAAGGACCAUUUACUGUUUUUUUCUGUAGCACCAGAGAAUCCAUCCAAAAUUCCCUAUGAAUAAUGUGUUCCAGUGCCACAGCUGACUACAAAUUAAAGUUGAGGAGGUUUCUGCAUAGAGUCUUUAUGUCCAUGAGCUACGGGUGGGUCUGUUUUCAGAGAAUGAUACAAAUUCCACAGCCUUCUGUUCACUGGAGGAUACUCCAGCCACCAAUUCGGAGGGCAGACAGUUGUAUCCUAAAAGCAACCACUGAAAGGUCAGCAGUGAGGCUGCCCAUCUCCAAAACAAAACAGAUUAACUGGUAUCAGUCUAGAAGGACCAGCUUUGGGGUGCUUUGAUCACUAUGAAAAUGUUCACUGGUUUCUAUCAUUUGGUCAAACUUAGUUCUGUGAUUUUUUUUUUUUUUUUUUUGAGAUGGAGUUUUGCUCGUUACCCAGGCUGAAUUGCAAUGGCAUGAUCUUGGCUCACUGCAACCUCUGCCUCCUGAGUUCAAGUGAUUCUCCUGCCUCAGCCUCCUGAGUAGCUGGAAUGACAGGUGCCUGCCACCAUACCCAGCUAAUUUUUGGUAUUUUUAGUAGAGACAAGGUUUCACCAUGUUGGCCAGGCUAGUCUCGAACUCCUGACCACUGAUCCACCCACCUCGGCCUCCCAAAGUGCUGGGAUUACAGGCAAGAGCCAAUGUGCCUGGCCAUACCUGUGAUUUUUUAGAAUUUUUCACUUUUCAUAUAAAGUUGCAUUUUGUCAUGAGGAAAAUGUUUUGGCUGAAAAACAUAUGCCAAAAAAAAAAAAAUCAGUUUUCACUAUUUUUCCAGCUUGCCUAGGGAAACGUCCUCCCCUGAGCAAAGUGGGAUGUGCAUGGCUCUUUUGUGAUUAAGCAGGCAUCAAAUGGGCAGUUUUCAUUUUCACUGACACAGAAAUAUGUGGCUGAAGCAGGAAUAAAAUCCUGCCUACCGACUUCUGUCUCCAUUCUUGCUCCAGGUAAAAUCAGAGAACCUCCCCUUCUUGGCCCUUUAAUUCCCCCAGGCAGAGGCGGCUCCAGCUCCUGUUAAGGGCCCCAGUUUUACUCAUCCUACCUGACCUUAGAGUUUAGUACUUUCAAAUAUGUGAUGAUUUGGAUAAAAACUAUUUUGCAGGAAAAAGUGUUAAUUUUAUAAAUAUGUAUAAUAUAAAAGCUAUAAGUUUUUCCUUUCCUUGUAUUUUUCAAAUACUCCCCAAGACACAAUUCUUGAAGGUGAACUAGGUGGCACUUGAUUAUGCUAAUUGUGGGAGCUACCGAACUACACUGAUUAAAUUAAAUGCUUGCAGGUGCCUGGGUAAUUUUCCUUUGUGAAUAACCUGGCUCUACCUGAAUUUUUCUCUAACAAACAUCUCCAAUGAGGGUAAACAGUGAUCUUGAUUCUGAUUUAUAUGAGGUUAAAAACCUUCAGAUUUCGUAUUUUGAAUUGUUCUCCCUAGUUUCCUCAGUGGUUACCCCCUUUUAGUCAGUAACCGUCUCUAUUCAGAAUUCAGUCUUUGGCUUUUGAAGAAAUGGGCACAGAGCAAAAGGACCCAUUUCACAGUUCCCUUGGAAUAUAUUUCCCAUUGUUGGACUGAGGCAAACAAAACCAACUGUGCAAACCACAAGCAAAAGAGACUUCUGUCCAUAGUUGGAGUGCCAUCAGUGUGAGCUUACCAGCUACAAAACCUGUCAUGGACUCGGGAACAGUAUGAUUCCUUAUUGAAACUUUCAUCAUUCUCAUCAGCUGGCUUGUCAGCUUUCUGAAGUUAAUAUCCAUGCUGCCUGAAACAAAUGUUAUGUUUAACUAGCACUUAACUUUUAAAAUUGCUUAAUUCUCCUUUCAGAUGCAUGCACUAAGUCUUCUCUGAGCCUGCAGCCAUAUUUUAGAGGGACCUCAGAGUUUUAAGUCAGAGCCUUGACACACUACUCCAAAAGGAAGUCCAAAUUAGAGCCCAUAGGCUUUUUCUUAAAAGCUGUUAGGUAGUAGUAAGAAAGUUACCACUCUAAGGAAAACAUGAAACUAUCUGAAAGUCUUCUGGUUCCUAACUGGAUACAGAUUAAAUUAUUUUAAAUGAAAAGUGCACCGUAGUUACCCGAUCAAGAUUGGACUGCCUGUGUCACUGGCAUGAAUUAAAGAACCUCCAUAGUUGCCUGUUCCCUUCUGAAGGUGUUCCUAUGGCCCACAAGAAUUAUCCAGCAAUCACUUUUUAAGUCUAUAUCAGUCAACCUUAAUAGCCCUCAAGAGUUUGGAUUAUCAAGCUUUAAAGUGAUAAGAUAUCAAGAUGACUAUAAAAAAAUAAACAUUUCUGAAAGUGUCCUUUCCUCCAUAAGGCUUUAAACCAUUUGCAAAUUCUUAAUUGGGAGUAUGUCCCAAUCAUUCUAUUAAACUAUUUACAGCUCCACCUACUUCUAGAUUCAGCAAACAGAACUACUAGUUAGAGUAUUUUGAGAGCCAAAAUAGUAAGAGACUUCUGUAAUGGUUGAGAUUUCCGCGCUGACCUUAAUUAGGGUGCCGCCAUAGGGCUACCAAAGUUUUUAGUGAGGGCUGGGGAGGUGGAGCAUAAGUAACAUUUUUUUUCUGCAGAAGGUGAUGGCUUUGUAGAACACUAUAAAAUUUUUCAGGAAAACAUACAGCAAAUUUUCUUAUCCAGUGGGAACAGCCUAUUUGACAAGGAAUGAUACAAGUUUGAUUCACCUUUGAGCACUCUUAUAGAGUUUAUAGAAGAGGCAUAACUGGUUACAAAACAAAAAUUACGCCUUCACUAUCCAGUUCUUAAAGUUUAUCCACAUCCUACAAAUCUUAUGUUUAUGCAGGUCAGGUUAAAGUAAGCUCCAAACUUGUGGCCUUCAGAAGGAUCUCCUGUUUAACACACCUGAAAUUACUCCAACUUAAUACGUUUGUAUUCUCUAAGAAAUAAUGCUGACUGCUGUCACCACAGCAUCACUGAUCUCUCAGUGGCUGUUAAAAUAUAAACAAGUGGAAAAAAAGUAUACAAGUUGAUAGCAGCUGUUCAUGUAUUCUUGUUUUGCUAAUACCUGUGUAGAGAAAAGACAAUUUCACGUGCAGAUCACCAUACAUUUUUGCUUAAAGGUUACACUGGGGUAAAUUGUUUAUCACAUUACAUCUGGGUGAGAUUUUGCAUGUGACCAAGAGGAAGAAAUCAUUCAGUCCCGGAAAUAGCAACUGCUGUGAAAAACCACAUCCUUGACUAGUACUUCAUCUUUCCACAGUCAUUCAUCUGCUAAUCAAUCAGGUGAAAUAUCAGCUCAGCAGAACAAAGCAAGUUAUAUACAAAUUUCCUCCACAUUCACACUGAUGCCGUACUUAGUAAUUCUGGCUCUACCAUUCACUUUUGCACUUUUUGCAAAUCAAAUUCAUGUGGAAAAUGUUCUGUUUGUAGAACUCAUAGUAUUCACUUAUAGUGCUCAUGUCAGGAAUGGCAAGUGAGUAAGAGCCCCUGAUAAUCUGCUUUUGUUUCAACCUAAUGCAAAGAUAAUAAAACAUGUCCACUUCUUUUCUAGUUCUAAUCAGUUUUUAGACAUCAAGACUUAUUUACUUUGCAUGAGAUUUGUUUCCUAUUAUUUGAAUAUGUGCUAUACACUUGAAUUAGAAAAACCUGCUUGAAUGUAUUGUCAGUUAUUAAAGCACAUGUGACUAAGUUUGCAUUUGUCAGUAUUGUUCUACUGUUUGUACUGAAAGUCUCAUUUUAAAACUGCUACUUAACACUGUACUAUACCUUGUAAUUUUUUAGAUUCUCCACUUGUAUUCUUUAAAUGUUUCCAGAUGCCUUUAGUUUUAGCUGCUGUAAAAUAGCUACUUUGCGUUAUUUGAUAUAGAAUUGUUUUUUAAAAACUCCAUUUAUUUAUACAGAGACAUUUAUAAUAUUUUACAAACAUUCUUAUAUUCUGAAUAAAUAUUUCUAAUUCCACGGUAUACCUUAACUGUGUUAUUUAAAGGGUAAGGCUAUCCUUCUGUAGAACUGUUUGUUUGUCAUACAGGCAAAUAUCAAAUCCAUGAUGCUUACAUGAAAUCAAGAGCCCUAGUCAAAGCAGGGGGGCUAGAAGUAAGACUAUUAUUAGAUCAAAAUGGCCAAAGAACCCUCCUUUAUAGCCCAUUUUUAGUUGGCUUUUUAAAAUUUGGCAUAAAUAGGAAGUUAUCUAUUGAAGAGAGUCUUUUCCCCUCUUAAACAUCAUUAAAACAGGGAACGUAAUUAAGGACUGGAAAUGCAAGGAAGUCAUACAGGACAAGAUGGCAAGCAGCUUUGCAACACAUCUGUUAGAGAAAGAAAGAUUACAAUGUUCUCAAGUUUUCACUAUGGAAGCAAAGUAACUAUAACACCUCAGUCAGUCACUCUCCUUUUGAAAAUUUAAAAGUUACUAUCAUAUAGCUGAGGUCUCUAAUGGAAAAGAAUGUAUUUCUUUCCCCCUUGAGAUCCAGAGUUAAGUAUUCCUAUUGCAAAACCUGAUUCUAGCACAAACUUACUUAAGAAUUGCUGGAUUUUAAAUAUCUAAUGAAUUCACAUCUCAAGCCCUACACUAUAAUCUUGCUUUAAAGCAACAAACUUAAUUGUUUGAGGUAUUUUCAUUUUUGCAGAGACUCUCCACAAUAUUUCUUCCUGGGGUUUUUUGCUUGUUUUUUGUUUUUUCCAGACAGAGUCUUGCUCUGUUUCGCCCAGGCUGGAGUGCAGUGGCGCGAUCUCAGCUCACUGCAGCCUCUGCCUCCCGGGGUCAAGAGAUUCUCCUGCCUCAGCCUCCCAAGUGGCUGGGACUACAGACACGCACCACCAUGCCUGGCUAAUUUUUGUAUUUUUAGUUUCACCACGUUGGUCAGGCUGGUCUCGAACUCCUGACCUCGUGAUCCACCCGACUCGGCCUCCCAAAGUGCUGGGAUUACAGGUAUGAGCCACUGCGCCCAGCUUCUUCCUGUUAUAUAAACAUACUUUUAUCACGUUCAUCUCAUACUUGCCAUUUUUAUUGGUCCAAAGAGACAGCAACCACAAUGAGCAACUCAGAACCUACGAUGAUAAGUAACAGUAACAGAAAACCAGGCUAAGGUGGUAACUAAAACUGCCCAAGCAGCCAAUUUUAUUGAUAGUACAUUACAAACAAUCUAACACAAUGAUGUUUUUACAGAAAGCCAGUAUCUGAACAACCUUCCAUCAUUCAAAUUGUAUUUUGUAAGAUUAAAAGGUUUUUAGUUUCUAAUCUAUUAUUUACAUCAAAAAGCUUUCAAAAAGUUAGAGCAUAACUGUUAAGACAUAGGAUUUUGUUCAUUUUCUCAGUGGAGAGUACAGAGUACAGCUGACAUUCUAGUGGGUCUCUGGAAGUACAGUAAUCCUGCAAACAUUUAAACUCCAAUUCACAAACAUGAAUCACCGGAAAUCCUUUGAUAGUCAUACCUAACAAUACAGGUAAAGUCAGUCUUUAUCCUUUCGUUAACACUGAGGGAAAAAAAGUUGCUGUUCAACUACAACAACAUAAAUCUAGAAACAAAAUGAAACCUGUUCUAAAUGUUUCUGUUCUUAUAACAAGGUGAACACUACAGGUGUUUUGGGGUUCCUUUUCUGCUAUCAGUAAUGUUUGACAAUUUCCAAGAGCACCAAGAACUGUACACUACCAUGAACAGAAUCCCUUGAAGUAGAUUCACUUAUAGUCUUUCUCCAAGCAUUAAAAUGCCCUAUAAGGUAAAAUAAAACACUGCUAUAAUCUAGGCAAAAAUUAAAGGUUGAAUCAUUUCACAUAAGACAAAAAUAAUUACUAAAGAAAUAAAGUUCACAAAUCUACUUGGUUAUCACAUUUACUCUAAAGUCUGGUUUUUUCAUUGACCAUAAUAUAUUUAGUGAAACAUUUCCUCAGUUUUUGUCCACCAGCAAAAGGUCUCAAAAUAAUUUGCUUAACAUAACUCAGCAUAAAUAUCUUCACCUUUUUCCGACUAAAACUUACUCCCAAACAAAUUGUUUUAAGACUACGUAUCCUCCAUUUUUAAAGCAUAAUGUAAAAAGCCACAUCAAGUCUUGUUUUGGAAAUAGGCACAGUAUUAAAAAGUCAAGUCUUACCGCUUUCCCAUCCAAACUAAUCUGUAUGCCCUAUUUUGGUUAGACAAAAGACAAUCUUAUUAAGAGAACUUCACUUAAAAAUGCUAAUACAUGAACUAUAAUUCCGUUUACUUUAUUCUGAAAUGAGAUUGUUUUAAAUUUUUAUUAAAGCUAACAGAUAAAAGUCUGAAUUGUACAUUGAUCUAGGAUAAGUCAAUAAUUACCAAGGAUGAUUUUUAAAAAGUAUUAUAAGGUAUUAAGCUAAUAAGGAAACUUCAAAACAAUUAUUUUUAAAAAACAGACAUAAAGCAAAAUAGUUCAUGGUUUUAUUGUCCUUCCCUGUUUUUGUUACUGAAGAAAAAAUUUCUAAUAUUUAUAAAAUGGAAGUCAGGUUAGCUGUCUCCUGUCCUAACUCUGAAGUGAAAUAUGACCAAAGAACUUUAAGACUCAUUUCUCUGGACACUUGCAUUUAACAUUAAAUGAUUACUCGUGCAACAUCCUAACACAAACCUAAAAGGAACCAAAGAGACAGCAGUCCCCUAGAACAGUAGUGAAACGCACAAAGAAACUCUUAGCAGUAUGUCUUCUGUGCUUUUCUGUCAGUGCGUAUAUGUAUAGUGCAUAAAGAAUACAAGUCUACUGUUAUAUGUUCCAAAAGCACUAACCCAUCUAAUCAACCAACUGCUGAAGAAUUAUCUUUCUAAAUUUCAUUCACAGUUGAGAACCUUUACUUUCAUUUGUUGCCAUCCAUAGUCUAUUCCUAAGUAUCACAAAAGCAUAUGCUUGCCAAUCUCUUAAAAAAUGACAAUGCAGACUUGUGCUCAAAAUGAAGCUACAGACUUAGAACCUCAGAUUCAAUGAACUAAAAGGAGAAUACAUUAAAAUGUUAAAUUUGACCUCAGAAAUUCCACUAUACUAAGGAUGUUGCCUAAGACCUCUCAAAGACUGAGGACCAGCAGAACACUGCCCAUUUCACUCUAGAACCACACACAAGUCUGUUGUCCCCAAGCCAAUGUGAAAGCUAUAAGCCUUGAGACUCAAAAGAGCACAGGUGUCCACAGAUGACCCAAACAUCAAAAGUGAGAUCACCUUCUCAGGAAGGAAAGAUAAAAUCACUGCUUGCAAGUCUGUGGCAGGUUUGCUAUAGAGAUGUAAAACAAAUUUUAAAAGAUGGAUUAUUUUAGGAAAGGGAUAAGACACCAGGGAGAAAAAAAGAACUCAAUGGACUUUUUCCUGGCCAGUCACACCAAGAAAAAGGAUUAAGAAACAACAGGUCUUCAAAUGGCACUAAACGAACAGUGGCCAAUAACCCAAAACCACCCAACCACCUGCAGGAAACCUUCCACCAAAAAGCAGAAAACACAUAUUCAGGGCCGUUGUCUUCUACUGGACUAAAAGACUGAAGUCUACUAAAGGUUAGGGUCCACGUGGGACAAGAUUACAAACACAGGCAAUUGAUUUCUGCAUUCACUCUUCAGAGUACCUUUGACCAAUACUACCCAGCUAACGUAAGCACCUCGUGAAAGCUCAUUCCUUUUAGGUUGUGCCUUCAAACUGCUAACAUAACUAGACCAUACUCCUCUGCUAACCACAGAAGAUCCAAGAUAAAUGGAAUGUUUUUAUUGGUGAUUUCAUUAUUCUUAUAACCCAGAUUAAAGAUUUCAUUAUGAACAAUUCUCAAAACCUCCAUACUUUAUCACAGUUUUUCUUUACACUUGUUUGUACUCAGCUGGUGGAAGUCAACCCGUUAGGCCCACUCCCAUGCAUAAGAGUAACUUUCACUCUUUUCCCUAUUUACAGACUACUAUUUCAAUAGUAAAUGCUAUUUGUCACAAGGAAGUUAGAUGGAAAGGAAUGAAUCACCAUUCAGGACAAAUGUAUAACCACUGUGAUGUGACUGACACCACAGCAGAUUAUGGCUGUGUGUUCUGAGUUGUCUUCCUGUAAGAAAGCAGUGCACUCGAGUUUGACUGGAGUUCUACAGUAUCAGUACAGGAAGGACCAGACUCCUCACCACUGGUCUUUAAAGUGAGAAAAAUUACUUUAGAUUCACUGGAUUGCUUGGCAAUCAUACUUCAAAAAAAUUAACUUUAUCCAGGGCUAGAAAACACUCGAUAAUGGCGAUACAUAUAUAUUUAUAGAUAUAGAUAUUCAUAUAUGUAUGAAUGACUACACUUAGGCCCUGCAAUGAUCGCAUUUCUAGCCUGGAACAUAACAUAGCACUCAAGUAUUGAUAAAUAAAGUUUCUUUCUUAUACUCUUUGCCCAGCAACUAUAGCUAUUCUUCUCCCUUCAGGACACUUUGAUUCUAUAACAAUAAUCUAUCAUAUUCUUUUGAAACUGCAAUCCAAAAUCCUACUUUGAAAGCAUGGGGCAAAAGCCUGUACUGCCCAUUUGCAAUCUGCCAUCUUUCUGACACAGGAGUACAGACUUCAAGAGCAACUCAAUUCUAGGAAGCGAAAAGAUGCUGAGAAAGCCCAUCAUAAUCUCAUUUUUAGAACUUUUGGCAACUAGACAAAUGCACUUUAAAGUCUUAGGACAUAAUACAAAAUGAGAAACUCUACCUAGACUUUACCAAGCUGUCAGGAGUACUGUUUGACAAUAUUGUUUUUAAUAACACUUGUUUACCUAGAGACAGGUAUGUAAAGGAUACCUUCUAACAAAAAAAUAGUUUGUCUUGCUUAUUAAUCUAAAGUUACAACAACACAUAUGAACCCCAUCCUCCAGGCUAGAAAAUAAUCCAAGUCAAAAUAACUAGGAAGAAAAGUUAAUGAAUCUGACUUUACUAUAACUAUGAUUAACAUACAAAGAAAAUACUGCCUCAGAAAAUACAGAAACACAAAAGAUGUCAAUCAAAACAGUCUCAGGGAGCAGGAAGGUCCACUGGUACAAAAAUAAAGAUAAAAAGCCAAGAGAGACCACCCUGACCAACAUGGAGAAAUCCCGUCUCUACUAAAAAUACAGAAUUAGCCAGGCGUGGUGGCGCAUGCCUGUAAUCCCAGCUACUUGGGAGGCUGAGGCAGGAGAAUCGCUUGAACCCAGGAGGCGGAGGUUGCGGUGAGCCGAGAUUGCAACAUUGCACUACAGCCUGGGCAACAAGAGUGAAACUCCAUCUCAAAAAAAAAAAAAAAGCCGAGAGGGUAUUGUGGUAAGAAAAGUAACUUGGCAAAAUUUCUAAUUUUUAUAAUUAACUUUGCUCUCCUUACCAUUUAACUGUUGGAGAUGAAAAAAGGAAGGACGAGAAGUCCAUGAGAGAAUAGGUAGUGAAAUGUUUUUAAUGCACACAUGCACUCAGACCUUAACUUUUCUAUAGGACACAAUAUGGUGACUUUUAUAGAAGAAUCUAAUUCCUAUAGUAGGAGGCUGUUAUUUACUCAGAUUUGAAUUCCUUUUAUUUGACAUUACAUACAAAUUACUAAAGUCUUCAAAAGGAAAAGUACCAACUCAUUCUUACAGCGUAAAAUUACUUUCAUUAUAUGUCUUCAUUAACUAUACUUACUAAUUGAUAUUUAAUAGAAAAAUAAGGAUAUUCAAAGCUCAGAACCGCAAGUAGUAACCACAAUUCCUUUGACAGCACUGGAAGACUUUCCUUUAUACAUGAAUACAAAAAUCCAACUUCAUUUUCCAACGUCUUUAACCAAAUUUCACUCACACUAUAUGAGUUCUAUUAGGUUCUCAGGCCUCUCCAUAUGCUUAUGUCUCAGGAGGGUAUCACUAUUUGAAAUCCUAAACCAUUCAUUUGCUACUUCUUAACAAAAAUUUUUUAAAAGCAUGUAAACCACACCCUUAUCUUUUGGAUUACAAUGGUUAGGUACAAAAACAAUUCAUUUAGCAUCUUAUAAAUCAUUAAAGUUAUACAUAAAAGCACCUACAAAUUUUUUAAAAAAUAAAAGAUUCACAGUGCACUGCACCUUGGAACAUAUAAGGUUGGAACAUAACAUUUAAAAAGUGAAUUCCAAGACCUGUAUCUCUCUCAAAGACAUAAAACAUAAUGAAGCAAACCAACUAUUCUUCUCAUCUAGCAUUUAAAAUGCAGCACUCAGUAGAAGUAAAUUAUUGCAUAUUCAGCAUACUCCUUUAUCACUUGAUUUCCUCAAACCAUACUAAAAUUUCUCAAAGGAGAAAUCCAGUUCGCUAAGCAUGGCCUUUCUCAAGGUAACCUGAACACUGAGAAACUAUUACCCAGGUUUGAGGGAAUAAGUAUAGUAGAUGUACCUAAAACAAGCACAUCCAACUUAAAUAUUUUCUGCAUAGUUAAGUCACAUCACACACAUAAACUUUAACUCACAUCUUUUAACAUUUUUUUAACCUCAAACUUUGAGGAGAGCUAAAAGCCUGAAGUUAUCAUAAUCACAUCCCAACAAUACCCUUAUAUUUUGUUCCACAGUGCAUUAAAUAAAGCAGCGCAACAGCAAUAACAUUUAACCAUAGUUAAACUACUGUAAUCACAAAGAUAAUUUGUUGGUUCUUGAAAAGGCUCAACACCAUCAGAGGCCAUACUUCUGGUAACUAACUCUAAUCUCUUUUGCUUCAGUAUUGAGAGCUGAAAAAUCCAACUCUACAGGCACCAGGAAGACUGGCCAAAGUAUGCACUUAAAAAGAAAAAAAAAAAACACAUACCAAAAAAAUAAAAAACAGUAAAAGUUAAAUGGUUUCCAGAAGACAAUAAAUGAGUGAAAAUUAUUCAUCUGCCAGGCAAACCACAUUUUCACUCCUUUAACAAUUUAACAGAAGUCUGGAAUGCUGGGACCAACUAUAAAUAUGGCUCGAAGAGACCCAAGCAAAGCAGCCGUAUUUCUGAAAAAAACAGUAAAAGCUUCCAAACACAAUCAUAUAAUGCAUUAAAAAGCAAAAGUCACAGGAUUCAAAAAUUUGUCACAUUAAAAGAUGCAGGAUUCUGAGUAUCAGAAUUCUAUACACACUGAUUUAAUUGUGAAUUCUCCUGCUUAGCACCAAAAGGGUGAUACUUUCAUUAAUAAAUAGAAUUUCUCCUUUAAAAUCAAGCCAUUUAAAAGCUAAAGCAAAGUACUACCAAGUGAAUUCCUUAAAUAGCCCUUCUUUUAAAAGUCCCAUGAGGUUCAGUGGAACCCAAUUAAAUAGGCUACCUACACAGAAUAAAGAUUUCUACAAUAACAUUUAUAAGCAGAGAAGUAUUUUGUAGAUACCACUGUAAAAAAGGAUUUUUAAAACCCACAUGAUAGAUACACACACACACACAUACUCAAACACCCCCCACUCCCAAGAAAUUCCUUCAGUGAGGUCAGAUGCAGCCAAAACACUAAAGCCCCCUUAACGCCCUGGUGAUUGUCCUCAAUUAUAGCUGAAAUCCUCCUUAAAAUGGGCACUGCCAUCCGUAUUUGAAUUUAAAAAUCCUGAAGCAAAAUACAUUCCUAGGAGUGAGUUAUGUAUGUUACUGUUAUGUAACACAUAUACAUAACGUGUAACCUAGUGAAAUGCUUUAUUUGGACUUGGGUAAACUGCAUACCCCUUCCCUUCUCGCUCCAUCAUCCAGGGGCUUAGCAGGCCAACAAAAGCAUGUCAGUCUCUGCUACUAUUGCAAAUUGGAACCUAAUAUAACAUCAGUUUCCAAAGAUCAAUACUGGAGAUGCAAUGUAAAACCUAGUAAUAUCAGUUUUCCAUACAUAUUUACACAACUGGAAUAUAGAAGAAAUUUCCACAAGAACAAAAGUCUACGAGACUAAAGGGUUGGAGGCAGGACAGUAAAGACAUGACCCAAAGUAGCUGCUGGGUCCCAGCCUCCAUGCUGUCUGCUACAUUUCCUCCAGCAGUCUCACAGGUUUACUGACUGCAUGUAACCACAGCUCAAAAUCACAGCAUCAACUCCCAUCCACUCAAGCCCCUCCAGGCUACAGACUUUGUCCUUUUGAAGUGCUAAGAGUUCAUUUUGGACAUGCACAUUAUAUUCCAGAAGCUGUUCAAUAAAUCCUUUCACUAAAACUCCAGAGGAAGAUUACAGAGCCUCAGUGGUUAGAAGCAGAGAGAAGUACAAAAUGCCACCAAAGUAGAUCACCUGUAAUCCUGGCGACUGUAACAUCUCAGCUCUUGUGUUCAUUUAAUAAUUGGGCAUUAUUUUAAGU